AUGCAAAAUCUCACGCUGACUGCUGUGUUUUUAAGUAACUCGGGGGAAUGCUUUUGUAAUGUCAAAGCUACUAGUUUUCCUUCGCUGUGGACCACAAAGACUCUUUACAACGUGCAUAAAGAGAAAUAUUUGAGAUUAAUUAAAGCGCGACUUUGUUGUGCAGACGAGAAAGAUAAAGUUGCAGAAGACGAAGAAGAAAGACCACUGACCCAACAACAUCAAACUGCUGGCUUAAGUCAUUCAUUAAUCAAUCAAAAAAGGCUCACUGGAAUUCAUCUCAUUUAA